GAAGAGGAUGAGAGGAGUAAACUCCCGUUUGAGGAUAGUCCCAUGAACGUUUUCGAGGAGACACCAUCUGAUCCCAGGGACGAGGACUGGGUUCCUUCGGAUAAGGAAUCCACUUCUACGGCUUUACCGGCUUCAGCACAUUCCUCUAGUCCCUCUCCUCUGGCUCCAGCCUCCGAUUCCUUUCGAGGUUGCACUCCCUCAGAGGAGAAACAAUAUCUGCGUUUCCGAAAGAGGUUCUUAAAGAAGGCCUUCUAUAAGAUCAACAAUGUUCCAUCACACGGACUGGGGAGGUUUAUAUUACUUAUGCUUAAAAAGAAGACAGACAGAGCGUUUGGAGUGGGCAGGUGUCUACGACCAUGCAAAGGAAAGCAACAGCCACUAAUUCCCAUGGACGUUUUCGAGGAGACACUAUCGGAUCCCAGGGACGAGGACUGUGUUCCUUCGGAUGAGGAAUCCACUUCUACCGCUCCACUGGCUUCAGCACAUUCCUCCGAUUCCAGACCCCGAUUCCUACCCUCCGACUCCACAUUCAAAUUCCUACCCUCCGACUCCACACUCAAAUUCCUACCCUCCUACUCAACACUCAAAUUCCUACCCUCCGUCUCCACACUCAAAUUCCUACCCUUCAACUCCACACUCAAACUCCUACCCUCCGACUCCACAUUCAAAUUCCUACCCUCCGACUCCACACUCAAAUUCCUACCCUCCUACUCAACACUCAAAUUCCUACCCUCCGUCUCCACACUCAAAUUCCUACCCUUCAACUCCACACUCAAACUCCUACCCUCCGACUCCACAUUCAAAUUCCUACCCUCCGACUCCACACUCAAAUUCCUACCCUCCGGCCCCACACUCAAAUUCCUACCCUCCGGCCCCACACUCAAAUUCCUACCCUCCGACUCCACACUCAAAUUCCUACCCUCCGUCUCCACACUCAAAUUCCUACCCUCCGUCUCCACACUCCCAUUCCUACCCUCCGACUCCACAAUCAAACUCCUACCCUCCGGCUUCACACUCAAAUUCCUACCCUCCUGCCCCACACUCAAAUUCCUACCCUCCGACUCAACACUCAAAUUCCUACCCUCCGUCUCCACACUCAAAUUCCUACCCUUCAACUCCACACUCAAACUCCUACCCUCCGGCUUCACACUCAAAUUCCUACCCUCCGGCCCCACACUCAAAUUCCUACCCUCCGACUCAACACUCAAAUUCCUACCCUCCGGCCCCACACUCAAAUACCUACCCUCCGGCUUCACACUCAAAUUCCUACCCUCCGGCCCCACACUCAAAUUCCUACCCUCCGACUCCCCACUCAAAUUCUUACCCUCCGUCUCCACACUCAAAUUCCUACCCUUCAACUCCACAAUCAAACUCCUACCCUCCGACUCCACACUCAAAUUCCUACCCUCCGACUCCACACUCAAAUUUCUACCCUCCGGCUCCACACUCAAAUUCCUACACUCCGACUCCACACUCAAAUUCCUACCCUUCAACUCCACACUCAAACUCCUACCCUUCAACUCCACACUCAAAUUCCUACCCUCCGUCUCCACACUCAAAUUCCUACCCUUCAACUCCACACUCAAAUUCCUACCCUCCGACUCCACACUCAAUUCCUACCCUUCAACUCCACACUCAAACUCCUACCCUUCAACUCCACACUCAAAUUCCUACCCUCCGUCUCCACACUCAAAUUCCUACCCUUCAACUCCACACUCAAACUCCUACCCUCCGUCUCCACACUCAAAUUCCUACCCUCCGACUCCAGACUCAAAUUCCUACCCUUCAACUCCACACUCAAAUUCUUACCCUUCAACUCCACACUCAAACUCCUACCCUCCGACUCCACACUCAAACUCCUACCCUCCGACUCAACACUCAAAUUCCUACCCUCCGUCUCCACACUCAAAUUCCUACCCUCCGUCUCCACACUCAAAUUCCUACCCUACUACUCCACACUCAAAUUCCUACCCUCCGACUCCAGACUCAAAUUCCUACCCUCCGUCUCCACACUCAAAUUCCUACCCUUCAACUCCACACUCAAAUUCCUACCCUCCAUCUCCACACUCAAAUUCCUACCCUUCAACUCCACACUCAAAUUCCUACUCUCCGACUCAAGACUCAAAUUCCUACCCUCCGUCUCCACACUCAAAUUCCUACCCUCCGUCUCCACAUUCAAAUUCCUACCCUCCGUCUCCACACUCAAAUUCCUACCCUCCGACUCCAGACUCCGAUUCCUACCCUCCGGCUCCACACUCCGAUUCCUUUCGAGGAUGCACUCCGUCAGAAGAGUUAGGUUUCACAGGACCUCUGGAAAUCCGGAGUGCAAGGAAUAAGAUGUUCCUUGACGAGGCCUACCAGCUCUUAGGCCCAAAGUCAAGAGGAGACAUGUUGGACAGGGUCUUCCGGAGAAUAAUAGAGGCAGACACGACCUUCCAGAACCAUGGUAUUAUGAAUAUAUUACUUAUGCUUAAAAAGAAGACAGACAGAGCGUUUGGAGUGGGCAGGUGUCUACGACCAUGCAAAGGAAAGCAACAGCCACCAAUUGAGGAACUCACCAUGGAAGAGGACGAGGAGGCUGUGGAGAGUGAUGUUCUCUCCUGCCAAAUUCCUGACACAAAACGUCUUAUUCUUCACAACGUUGUCUAA